ACUUCAUUUAAUUUUCGUUAGAACGGACGUGGCCUUUGACUCGACGGCGCUUCCAAAACUAAAACCCUCCUCUCCAUCAGCCCUAAUCCCUGUGAAUCAAGUCAAUUUCGAUCCCAUUCCACUCCUUGUUAAACUUAUCUAGAAUUCAACAACUGAUUUCACAAUAGUAACCACUGCUGACUGACGGUCAGUUGUCAAUGGAUACGUAUUACAUUAUUGGGGAUUUUCAGAGAAGUGACAUUUUUUUUGGCAAAUUGAUGAAUUUCUGAAGUUAAAUGCUUUUUAUUAUUGGGGAUUUUCUGCAACCAUAUGAUAUUUUUUAUUUUCACAACAGUGAGGAAAUUGGAGACUGAAAUGCCGGCUGUUCGGCAUUUUGCUCGAGUGAACACUUUAGAGAUUAAAUCUCAUAUUGAAAGGAAGCUCGGGCAUUUAAAAUCAGAGACAUAUUUUGAUCUCCUCACAAGAUUUUUAAAUGGUAAGUUGGGCAAAUCUGAGUUCGGUAGACUCUGCAUUGGUACAAUAGGGAUAGAAAACAUGCGACUUCAUAAACUUCUUAUUGUGUCAAUGCUAAAAAAUGCUUGUGUUGCAAAGACUCCCCCGUUGAAAGCUACAAAAGCUGAUGGCUCUUUCAGUGACAAAUUGGCUAAUGGGUAUCAAAGAGAAUGUCCUCAGACACUAGGUGAAGAUAUUACUCAGUUCCCUCUAAAAGGACGGGCACCAAAUAUUAAUGAUUGCAAGUUUAAGGAUCAUCCAAGACCUCUAGCUUCUUAUGGACAUAGCCAUAGUAUUGUAUGUAAAGAUUCAGUCCAAAAUCUUCAAGAACAGCAGAGUGCCACUGAGUUGCUUUCUUUGGGUAGUAGACCACCAUGCUCAGUGGAAGAAGGGGAAGAGGUUGAACAGGAUGUAGCUAGUCCAAGCAUUUAUAGUAGGAGUCCUGUCAGAGCUCCUCUUGGAAUCCCUCGAAACAGCAAAGAGACACAAAAAGUACUGCACAGUAGAUUGGGCUGUGAUUAUUACACUGAAAUUUGUGAGAAAGGUGGUCAGCUACCCGAUACUCGUUCCUUAAAGACGAGGUUGGAACAGAAGUUGGAUAAGGAGGGAUUUAAUGUCUCAGUAGAUUGUGUCAAUUUGUUGAACAAUGGCCUUGAUGUUUACUUGAAAAGAUUAAUAAAGCCUUGUUUGGAUCAUGCCAAUUCACGAUUUGACCGCAAACAUAUGGAGCAAAGGCAUGGAUCUUCCACAACCCGAUUAAAUAACACAUUGCCAGUGAGAUAUAUACAAAAUUUGAGUGGAUCCACUUUUGUUUCCUUGUUAGACUUUCAAAUUGCAAUGGAGUCAAAUCCUCAAAUUCUUGGAGUAAACUGGCCAACACUCCUUGAAGAGAUUUACUUGUAUGAAACAAGAAGAUUGAAGACUUACAAUUAUACAAAUUGAUUUUGGGUGAUUGCAGUUAUGAAGUAUAUGCUAACAUUGAUCUUUACCACUUUAGACGGCUGAAGUACAAAAUUAUAAAGGUCUUCAAGUUUUGGAUCCCCUUGGGUGACUUGUUUUCAGGCCAUAAUGCUGAUUGUUUCUGGGUUGGACCUGUUUAAGUCAUAUAUCUUUAAAUAUUUGACUCCUGUAAGGAUGUAAUUACUAAAAUCAGGCCAGUAGCUAAAUGCAUAUCCCUAGUUUAUUUGUUCACUGAUGAGCAUUCCCCUUCUUUGUAAAUCGCCUUUUGAAGUUUUGCGGCUUGCAGCUGUAAGGUUACUUGCUUUGUUGAACUUUUCUUUUUAAUAUACUGUUAAUUAACCAUA